UGUCUUUUUAGUUCUUCCUGUGGAGAUAGCAAUCAUCUAUCUGACUGGUCAGUUUGGAACGCGCAGUCCUUCAUGUGAUCGCCUCUUCCUUUCGCCUAAAGCGGAAACUGCUCACCGGAAGUACCUGUUUUACCCGACCCCUCCCGGCUGUAAAACGGAAAGGUUCGGAAUUUGCGUCUGCGUCAUCUUUUUUUGGCUGUUACCUGUGACGUCGUUGGAAGCAGAAUCUGAAACUUUCUGAGGAGAGCAUUUGGGCUUCAGAUUUCUAACAGUCUGUGUGCCCAGCUGAGUUUGUUGAAAGCCUUGGUCUCUGAAGUCCUAAAUGCAAGAAAGCUAUAGAGGAAGGAGUUGGGGAUCGGAGGCCAUACACAUUAAGACUGCAAGCUAUCCAAGAUAAAUUGACUCCCCAUCCUGCUUAGAGCCACUUCCAUCACUCAGUAAAAUCUCUGCAUUCACCAUCCUUCAAGUCCAUGUGACCACAUUCCUCUUGGAUACCAGACAAGGACCCAGAUGCGGGUGCACUAGGCUGUCACAGUGACUCUCCACCUCUUUGCAACAAAAUAGACCAGUCAACUGCAAUCCUUCAUGAUGUUUCCCUUGGCCAGAAAUGCACUAAGCAGUCUCAAGAUUCGAAGCAUUCUGCAAAGUAUGGCAAGACAGAGCCAUGUAAAACACUCACCGGAUUUUCAUGAUAAAUAUGGUAAUGCUGUGCUAGCCAGUGGAACCGCUUUCUGUGUUGCUACAUGGGUGUUUACAGCCACUCAGACUGGAAUAGAAUGGAACCUAUCCCCUGUUGGCAGAGUUACUCCAAAGGAGUGGAAACAUCAGUAACCAUCACAGUUGCUGUAAUGAGAGAAUUGUUUAAAAAACCAACUUGUCAUGUAAGCACUCUACUGCUUAUUAAAAUAUAGCACAAUUGAAAAAAUAAAAUAUGUUUUAAAUCUUUAAAAA